CGCCGAGGACAUCCAUUUUCGAGCCCGGUGUGUAGGGUAGGUCAGCGCGGAUGGAACCGAACGUGAGGAGGGACACCACGGAUUGCACCGUCAACCCUCCCUCUUCUCAGUGACCGAGACAUGGACCCUGGUUUCAUGUCCAUCUGAGAUGUUGCUCAGGUGUUCGGAUUGCAACGGGCACCAAGAAACCCCCUCGCAAAUGAUACCGGCUUUUUUUCGAGUAUGUGAUAAUUCCAGCUCGACAUCCCGAGCCAUUGGCUGGGUGACUUCAAUCUCCUGGUCUCGUCUCACCAACAAAUACCGAGAGACAAUAUUACAAGUCGUCUGUCACGUAACCUGCGAGAUCCCCCUGACUAAGAUGUCUAUCAGAUCUCCAGACUGCUCAUUCUCCACGGCGCCGCGGCCAAACCCCACGCGCCAUUUCCAAGACCAGUCGUCCCAACUUCACCCAGCACGUUUUGCCGCCGCCGCCCGCGCGUCCGCCCUACGGCCCGGCCUAUCGACUGCUCGGGUUCCUGCGCAGAUGAUCAUCCCGCCCGCGCCCGCUGUGAGCUGUCACGCCCUGUCACUUUCAGCCUACUGCUGGCUGCUGCGCCAUCCGUGGUGAUGCGGCGCCAUGUCCUGCCUGAUUCGGCCACAUGUUCAACGGUGCUUGGGGAGCGCAGUAGAGCACUGGCGAGUUGAGCUAGGUCUCGCGCGAAUCGGCGUCCAAC